AAUUUAGCCAGAGGGCAAGAACAAUCCCCAACUCUUCGUUGCGUGUUAGUCGUCACUUCUCUUACUUGCCUGGCAUUGAAAUUUGUUGUGCACCAUUAUCCUCAACGAUCUACUUUGUCUCUACAAGUUUGUGACUAUCGUUUCGAUAAGGAAACUAAAACUUUCAAGAAUCAUGGGGCACACAGAAUGGGCAAUGUGGGGCAACGAACAAGGAGUGAUAACCAGUGUCGUGUUACUAAUCGGUGGCAUCCUUGGAACAGCAGCCCAGUUUAAUAAGUGGUAUUAUGGUCUAUACUCGCUAAUUCUGGGAUUUCUUGUUUUGUUAAUUGAAUAUCCCAGAGGGAAGAGAGAUAAAGGAAAAAAGACCUUGGAGAGAUGGAACCAGAAACCUUUUACACACUUUGUCGAGGUCUUUGGAAUCUUUGGAAGGAACUAUUGGUUUCGAUUUAUAUUCUACAUUCUUACUGCUGUUCCACCAUGCUUCUUUCUCUCAACAAUCCUUGGAGGAGCAAGUCUGGUAUUUACAAGCUUGAUUUAUCUGCGAGCAGCAAUAUCGGGAGAGACAUGGAAGCCUUGCCUCCCAGAAGAGAAGGGAUCCCAAACUGUGCAGCAAAGUGAACCACCAAAGCAACCACCUCCUAGAGGACCACGGUCUCAAAGUCUCGACAAUCUGGCAAUGGAGCCUGAUGUGGAUGGAAAUCCCAACAGAGUGUAAUUAAAAUAAUUUAAUCAGAAUAGCUUUAUAGCAAACAAUCACUUAAUCAAUUAGGCACCAAGGGCAUUACAGUAACUUCUUUUUUUCUCCAUAAGCAAUGACAUUUACCAGAAUUGCUUAAUCCCUUCACUCCCAGGCAUGAUCAGCCUACAAACUCUCCUAAAAGGCAUGAUCAGCAUACAAAUUCUCAUAACAUGAAAACUUGGUGCCUAUAACCCCAAAAAAUUUUUUUGGCCAUAUUAAAUCUCUCGAUUGCACUGAGAAAAAUGCCGCAAAAAUUUUUGUGUUUGGUUAAAACCGCAAUUUUUUAUGAUUUUUCAAAGUCAGGUUUAUUUUUGGAAUGACCAAGUGAACCAGAGACUGGGGCUAGUGAGGUCAUUCCUGGCCAUCAGCAGUGGUGCUCCAAUCCAAUCUCAGUCAAUAUUAUACGUUCCCACUGAGAUGAAACCUUUGCUAAAGCCUGGUCUGGUAAAUGUUUCUCACCUUUCUCUUACUUCGCUCACUUUCAGCUGAUUUCGUUUCCUAACAUUCCACGCAUGAACAGUCGGAAAGAUGUAAAUUCCAAAUCCAUCUUUUCACAACCUUCAUUGCAUGGUCUCGCUAGUCAGAGCAGAAAACAUGAGUGAAUAGUCUUCUCGGAAGUGGUUGGAACACACAGCCGAGUAUUUUGUGGGCUUCCAAUGUGCACACUUCAAUUGCUCAAAGUCAACCCACUUCUUUCUUCUCUUUUUUUUCCUCCGGGUCAUCUGCCCUAUAAAUAGGUAUUGGAUGAAGUGCUAUUCUUUUUUCUUUGUUGGGAGUGUUGCUAGACCCGAAAACAACACACUUAUCAGGCGUAUCCAUCAAGAUACUUCAUCCAGUCUUUGAAGCAAACUCAUUGGAAAACCUGGAAUGACGUCACAAACUGUGCUUGACCCAGACCCAUCUUGAUAAUUCCGUGCCUUGGUCGUGUUUUGAAAAAAUGCGAUUUUCCAUGACUUUGAAAGUUCAUAAAAAAUCACGGUUUUAACCAAAAACAAAAAUUUUUGCAGCAUUUUGCUCAGUGCAAUAGAGAGAUUUAAUAUGGCCAAAAAAGUUUUGGGGGGUUAUAGGCCCUUUAAGAAGCACAGUUAACAUUUCCAAAAUAGAAAUGACAAAUUAUGAAAUCAUCACAAAACUUCUGAGUUAAGUUCUAUUUUCAAGGAGGUUACAAGUUUAAACCCUAUGCUUCAAACACAAGCUUGUUCAACUUCAAUUUUUUUUAAUUGUCUUGACAUAUGGUAAUACCGAACUCUCUGUACAUGGAGAGUUGGUUCUUUUGAUCUUGGGAGCAAGAAGGUUAAUGUAGAAGAUGUGUGCUUACUACCAGCUUAUUGCACUGUUCAAGGCUAUUUAUUUGACGGAUAGGUUACUUUGUUAAAGCGAGCAGUGGGUCUUUCAUGGUGGCAUUUAAGGUGCAAAAUGCCUGGUAUUUAAUUAUUCAUAACUAAGUUAAAUGAAAUUUGGAAAAAAAAGGACUUUUUUUAUGUUAUUUUAUAAAUAAUUCUUGUACCAGAGAAAGUCCUAGAAUUAGCAAGAUAUUUUUUUUUUGACUGCUGAGGAGUCCUUAGAAAUGAUUUAAACAGAUUUUUCCUGUUCUUAUACAUAAGAACCAUGACAAAAAUCUUCAUGGAUCAUCACUUUUUUAUUACUUGCAACUAUUUCAUUUCAUUUUUUCAUCCCUCAGUAAUCUGACCACUCCAUUAUUUUCAAGUAACAAGGCUAGAUGAUCCUUUCUGGAGUGGGGUUCCUCUGUUUGCACUACAGUUUCUUUACAUAGCACCCUAAGAAAUUAGGACACUUUGACAGUUACUUGUCAAAGCUUCUUGAAUAAAUACCACCUUACUAUGUGUUUCAACAGGCAUAGAAUAAUUUUAGUUUCACCAUUUGUAUAUAGGAUGUGCAGAAAUUUUGUAACAAAACAGAUGUCAGAAGUCAUCCCAGGGUUAUUUUGUUUUGUUUCUAAACAGAGUGGACCAUUUUGGAGAUCUGCAAUUUUGUAAUAGAAGUAAACUUGUAUUUUAAAGCUAUCUUGUA